CAGGAUUCGUACGUAUGCUCUGUGAAGGAUUGAUUGCGCUGCCUAGGUUUCGCCUACCGGUAACAAACUUUGUCAUCUGCUUCUGUCCCUGACGACUAUAUGCUCACGUUUCCAACUUAGCGAAUAUCCUCAACGUUAGGUUUUUCUAUUGUAUCGGUAUGGACGGCGGCGGGCAUAAGCGCAAGUUCCCAUAUCAUAGCGAAGUUGCAGGGUUCGAAGUCAAACAGCGCAGGCCAGGAUGCAAUCCAGGGACGGAGUAUAACGAUCCUCUGGUAUUCCAGCAGCCAAGCUAUGACUAUGACACGCCGGUCACCAGCACGGACUUCACCCGUUGGACCCCAGAUGAAAUCAAAGCCUUCUUAGACCGCAGGGGUGGCGACUACGAUGACUGCCCAACCUUCGAACAGCUGGUUGAGCGGGCGGUGGAGGUGGAGAUCAACACUGGGCCCGCAGUGCGGCCCGGCCAGGAGGAGGGACAGGGCGGGGGGCCGGCCACCGCAGCAGCAGGAGCAGCAGCCGGCGGGCCCGGUGCUGCAGGGGACGAGCUGGAGGAGUGGGAGCGGCCCGACUUUGCGCAACAGCUGGAGCAGCAGGCAGCAGCGGCAGCAGGGGCAACAAGACCCGUCGCGCCUCCGCCCGUGCCUGUCACUGCCGUACCGCACUAUCUCCAACAAUCGGGGUACGCCGGCAGCCGGUUCGGACCCCCGCGAGGCAGUAGUACGGCAGGAGGAACGUACGGAACAUCAACGUCGUACGCUAGUACGGCAGCUGAUGGUGAUGCUGGUGUACGGUCAUCGCCAUCGUCGUCGUCAACGUACGGCAUGAGCUCCUACCGGAAUAUGCCGCCGCCGCCGUCACUGAAUGCCGUACCCCCGCCGCGGAGCUACGGCGGGUCGGGGCCGGGACGGGGGGGCUUUGGAGGCGGCGGCGGCGGAGGGAUGUACGGCGGAGGCGCAGCGGUGCCGCCGCCGGCGCCUCAGCAGCAGCAGGCAGGCAUGUCGGCCUCUGCAGCGGCGGCGGCCAUUGCAGCGGCUCAGGCGAUAGCGGCGAGGUUAGCAGCGCAGGCGCCGGGGCCGGGGCAGCCGGGGCAGUACCCGCCGCCUCCGCCCCCGCCCAUGUAGUGUUUUAUGAUAAGCGUGUGGAGCGGUGGGAAGGGGUGGGGAAGUGUGUAGGAUAUCCAUGACGCCAGGCUAGUUUAAAUGGCGGGGGUGGGGUACAGGCAUGUCACAUUGCGUUACUGUUCCGACGCAAUCAUUGAAGGGGUGCAGGCAGCGGUUCGCUGGUGCGGGGCACGUUGCAUCCUGGCGCCUGUGACCUUGCUGUUGGGGUCGGCAUGUUUGCAGUUGUCACUGCAACAUAGUCACGGCUAUCACGACUUGAACAUACCGGUAGUUAGACGGUGGUUUUAGGCAUGGGCCCUAUUUCGGUGUAAGUUCGACUCUUGUGUACUGGGCCCUGUCGCACCGCAUGGCGAUAUGCUUGCCGGGGUGAAAGGAACCCAGCUAUGUAUCUCUAUUACCCCCCACGGGCUAUAGCUACUUAGCUAGGUUUAGGCGUUGUUUCUAGGGCACGCGGUGGGCAUGCUGACGACAACCCCGUUGUGGAGCCGCCGCGCCGGGGCAGGGGGUAUCAUGCGCGGUCCUGCCUACGGUGCUGAGGGGUCAUGCGAUGGACGCAACGGCAGGUGGACCCCUGAGCACACAGACCAACGCAACUGUGCGCUUAGGUAUUACAGAAAUGCAUGUGAAGUUACAAAGCGAGGCUGUUAACAAGAGGGUG